AUGUUACCUAAUAAUAAUAAUAAUAAUAAUAAUAAUAAUAAUAAUAAUAAUAAUAAUAAUAAUAAUAAUAAUAAUAAUAAUAAUAAUAAUAAUAAUAAUAAUAAUAAUAAUAAUAAUAAUAAUAAUAGUAAUAAUAGUAAUAAUAAUAAUAAUAAUAAUAAGAAGAAGAAGAAGAAGAAGAAGAAGAAAAUCAAAUUCGUCCAAUAA